AUGCAAAAUUUUCACAUCUCAAAAAUUUUACUCAAGGAAGUUCUUGGUGGAUUAGAUUAUGUAGGGUGUACUGUUUUAGAAGUGCGAAACUACAGACGCGACCUUAGAGCAUACGUGGAAGGAGCUGAUGCACAAAUGCUAUUAAAUGAGAUGCGCAGGAAGAAGGAACUUUGUGCAGCAUUUACCUAUGAAUUUGAGGUCAACUCAAAGGAUAGACUGACACGUUUGUUUUGGUACUGCAUGAUAUUUGCUCCUUUUACGGGCAAGGAUAAUCAUGGUCGCCCUGUGACAUUUGCUGCUGACCCUUUGUCCAAGGAAAAUGCCGACUCCUUUUCAUGGUCAUUUAAACAAUUUGUGAAAUGUAUGGGUGUGGCUCCCAAGCUAAUCGUAACCGAGCAAGACUUAGGAAUGAAAGUUGCUAUUGCAGAGGUUCUUCUUAAUACAAGACACAGGUGGUGCAUGUGGCAUAUAAUGAAUAAAGUUGCUGACAAAUUUCCAAAGAACAUGCUUGGUAGUGAAGAACUAAAGAAGGAAUUGAAUGUAUGUGUUUGGUCAGAGUUGAUAGAGCCCGAUGCAUAUGAAGAAUCUUGGCAUGCUAUAAUGGAAAGAUAUGGGCUGGCCAAUAAUGACUGGUUUUCAUCAAUGUUUGCAUCUAGAAAGUUUUGGGUUCCAGCCUUUUUCCGUGAUUUUCCGAUGAGCUCGUUGAUAAAGACAACAUCUUUGUCCGAAUCACAAAUAGCUUCUUUAAAAGGAGUGUCUACCAAUAGAGAGAAUGAAGUAUAUAACAUAAAUGACAAGGAUUCAAACUCAUGGACAUUGACUUAUUCCAUUGGCGAUGACACCUAUUUGUGUGGAUGUAAAAAGUUUGAGAGACUUGGUCUAUUGUGCAGCCAUAUAUUUUGUGUGUUGAAAUAUAAGUUUGUUAAGUUGAUACCCGAGAAGUUGCAUGGAUGGAGAUGGUUGAAGUCACAGUUUGUGAAGCCAAUACAUGGAGGUUUUUGUGAUGAUCAUGAAAUAUUCUCUGUUGUAGACGAGAAGAAGAUUGCAUUUAAAAACAUGUAUGCAUUAUUCUUUGAAAUAGCACAAAGUAUUGAAGGGACCAUUGACCAAAUCAAUGCAUUUACUGUAAUUAUUGAAGAUGUUCAUCCUCCUAAUGUUUUCAGUACAAAGGGAAGUGGAAGUAGGAGGAAAUCAAAGAAGGAGGCAGCAAUCAAGUUAUCAAUGAAACCAGGCCGAAAGUGUGGAAAUUGUCAUGUGAUUGGACACCAUGAUUCGAGGAACUGCAAAAAGGUGAAUGAGAAGACAAAACAGAGGCAGUGA